CGCUCACUGGCGUCAGGUGACGGGCUGUCUUACGAAACUGUUAACCUAACAUCAGGUCAACUAACUUAAAAAUGGCAAGCGAUACCAAUAACUCUUGGAAAACAACCGUUAUAAUCAGCACCUCACCUCAGUGUGAUGAACCCUCGCAGAUUCUUCUAGCGCAGCAGCACAGGAUUCGCCGCUCGGACAGCAUUCUGUCCUCUGCCUUUGUUUUCCCCUUGUCAGGUACGGCCUUCUUGCUGGUCACACCGGAAGAGUUUCCAGCUAAGCUUGAGAAUGCAGAAAUUUUUGAGAGAAUUGAGAAGUUUGUGCAUGUCCACAGAAACAGCUUUCUUCUGCUUCAAGCCCCAGUCUAUGGAAAAAGAGAGUGGGAGAUUUUAUCAUCAGUGCAAAACAGAUUUCUUGGCUGUAACCUUAAAGUAAUACCUGUGCACAGUACUGCUGAUGCAGUGAAGGGAAUGCUGGUCAUUGCUACGGCCACAAGUAAACCCAAUGUGGUGAAUUUGGGAGAUCAGAUGUCUUUGGCUUGUACUCACAUCAUUGAUCAUAGCCCAGUUUGGGAGAUGCUUCAAGAGUGAGAUUUACUGUAUGUUCUUCUCUGUUCAUGUUCUUAUUGCUUGCUAUACUUGUUUUAAACAACAGAUGUCAGUAUUGUUUCAUAGCAAGUUGUGUCAAACCUGUUACUUGCCAUUCACACUUGGUUGUAUAGCUUGUGAAAACUUUUUUUAAAAUAGUUCAUACAAAGAACAAAGUAUAAACACUGUCAAAGGAAAAAUGUCCGCCUUUUAUUUGCGUCGGAAAAGUCUUCAAAGUCAGAAUACAGAAUAGUAUUA